UUUAGUUUAAUAUUUAUUAGCGCAGCGCAAAAAUUACAAACAAAACAAUUGCAAACAGAAUUAAGAGUGCAAGUGUCUCAGUUAAAAAUAAAACAAAUAGUAAAAGCAACAAAAAUUGAAAUUGAAAAACAAAAAACGUAUAAACAAUGUGUUUGAGCUUUGGCUGGUAUCUGCUGUCAUUUGCUGCGGCGUUGGUGUCUGCCUCUUGGGGCGAAGCUGGCCAAAGCCAGUACCAUAUACAAACGGAUGAGGGACCCGAAAGAUAUUUCCGCUUUCAAACCGACAAUGGGCAAUUUCGUAAGGAGAAACGUUUGCAGGAUGGCACAGUGAUAGGCACUGAGGCUUGGAUUGAUGCUGCGGGUUUCCUGCGGCAAAAGGAUUACAUUGCUGAUAAGGAAGGCUAUCGCAUAUUGAAGUCGAAAACUAUAUAUGUCGGCACCAACAGAGGCAUUGAGGACGCCAUCAAGUCCACCAAAUCCGCACCAGCUCAAUCGGGCGUGUUGGUCGAUGGCAACGCUGGUGGCAAUAGCGUGGCUGGCGGUUACCGCAAGCACAGUUAUGUUAGCAGCAGCACCACAGCACCACCACCACCAGCGCUCUAUGAGCCACACAAGCUGGCAACUGUUCGACUUGGCAGCGGUGUGGGCAAACUCAACUAUUUGCCACCGGAGCAGGCAGCCAAGCUGGAGCCAAGCAAUCAGCUGGGCUUUGAUCAUUAUCCGGACGAGCUGCCACGUGCGCGGCAGCAGCUGCAACGUGGACAGCUGACGCCACUGGUGCAUAUACAACCGAAUGCAGAGCCCAUAGAUGAUCUGAAUGCUAUAUACGAUGCGGAAGCGGAUCAUGCCUAUGGCAGCUUUGGCUCAACAACGCCCAGCACGCCCAUUUAUAUUGCGCCUGAGCUUUCCAUGCUGCCGCCUGUGCCGCAGCGACGUCGCCAGCGUCCACGUCCUACAGCCAUUGGCAUUAUCUCGAGCACGCCGUCGCCCAUAGCAGCGCAGCAAAGCUUUGGCUACUCCACGCCAGCGCCUUUUGCAGCGCCAGGCUAUGCCACGCCCCUAAGUGGCAGCAGUGGCAGCAGUGGCAGCGGCUAUGACUACUAUACGCCCAAUUCGCCGCUUGAAGUGAAUGCUUUGGAUGCUGCGCUGCUGCCGCCGCUGCCAGCGCGCGCCUAUCGCCGUCGGCUGCGUCCGCUGCACAGCAACAAUCUGGACGCCACGGAUUACGGUGGCAAUGGCUAUCGCUAUGUGCUGCCCAAGCAAUACCACGAGGAGGCGCAAGUGGGCGACAAGCGCGCCGGCAGCUACGGCUAUGUCGAUCCGUUUGGCAUACGCCGUGUGGUUUACUACAACGCCGCGCCAGGACGCGGCUUUGUGCAUCGCAAUAAUAAUCAAUUUGUUGGCGCCAAUGGUGCGCCCUACGAUGAUCCUGGACCAGCGCAGUUGGUUAAUGAGUAGAGUACGCGUGCUUAAUUUAAACACUGCCUUAGUUAUCCCCCCUGCCCCCCCCUACCCACACACAUGGCACCAAAACUAACCGCAAUGCCUCAAUUACAUUUUUUUCUUGUUGCAUUAGGGGCACACACGCUAGUGACUACCCCUAAGCUGUAUAUAACCACGAUUUUUAUUUGCAUAACAAAGCGAAACAACAGCGCAUACGAAAACGAAUAUCUGUGUUAAUUAAUUUAAUACUUGUAUUAUGUCUAAUUUAAUUUAUAAUCUAACCAUAAAUUGUGCAAUCAGCGCGUUUAGCUUUAGCUUUAGAUACAAGGCGAGCGCAGUGUAGACUGCAAGCUUUGGAGAGUGUGUAGAGUUUGUAGAGCAGAAUUUCGAAAGCUUAACUUUUUUUCAGUUUUUAUUUGACUUUCUUUAAUUGGAAUAUUUUUAUUUAACGAAAUUCUGUUCAAGCUGCUGCGCAUAGCUUUGUUUAAUUUAAAAUUAGUAUAGUAAUGAUCGUUUCAUGUAUUAAUCUUGCCAUAUUAACAGAACGUAAAUAAUGACUUAACACACCCACACACAUCGGAACACACACCCAGAAACACACACACACACACACCAACGCUUAGUUUAAAUUAUAUAAUGAGUAAUUUCUUUGCCAAUAGUUGUUCAUUAAGCGCACAAAACAAAAAGUUUAAACAAAAAUAUCAAAAGUUCAAUGAGCACCCGUUGCCAAGAAAUGCUCGAAAACUUAAAUUUAAAG